AGGGGAAACUUCUUCAACUUGGUGAAGCUCCUCGUCACCACGUUACGUACGCCGCCGUGGCGUGCCUGCAAGCCAACUAACAUGGAGUCCGGUGCCUGGCAUCUUCCUGGGAUCCGGGCUGGAACCUCUCAACCAAGCACCAUUUCGCCCGCGAGUUCCUCCGUGUAAGCGGCGGGAGACUGGAGCUGCUCAUCCGGCCAGAAGUGCGUCGCGUCCGGGCGUCGAGAGCGUCGGCUCGGGGCACAACUAUGACGAGCGGCGCCUGAGCAGAGCAGCCUCUCCCUGAGACCCGCAGACCAGGCCCACAUCGAAGAACACAAUGUAGCCGGGCUGGCCAUCGCUGCGACUCCAUACUGUUUCUGUGGGCGGAGGCCGGGGUCACCGGAUGGAGUCGGAAACGUUCAGCCCCGGGGUCGGCUCUGCACCCCUACCCUUGAACGCAGCGCAGAGCCCGACCGCGCCGAGCUGCACUUUAGAGUCCUCAGAUGAGCGAGACGGCCCCUCGACGUCUGGUCUCCACGCUGAAGACGUGGACUCAAACCCAUGCCUGCCGACCAAAUUCAAGUCUUCAGCCUUCCCUUCCUCCCUGAACUGGGACUCUGACUCUGAGAAGGAGACGCCGGACGAGGAAGAGCUGCAGCACUUGUCAAACCCUCACGGUCUGGCGGCUCACAGUCCCGGCUCGCCUUCUUCAGGACUCAGAAUGAACGGGGGAGAUGCUGCACCUGAGCUUGAUGAGGAGUCCGAGUCCAAGCUGCAGGACGACUGCCCGAGCACAAAGACGGAAGCCUUGACCUCCUCGCAGCUUGGCCAAACCGAAUUGUCUGACCGCGGGACUGGGAAUGUAUCUGAAGAGGAUGAGCUGCUUCUGUCUGACACGAAACCAAAGGAAGGCAGCCAAAUGGAGGAGGAGGAAGAAGCAGACAAUGAGGGCGAGAAAAGCCCCAAGGGAACAGAAAGCAAGGAUCAGGACAGGGAUGUCUACACCUUCCCUGGAGACUCCGACCCUGAGAGUCCCCCUCCGGCCCCCUGGGCUCAUUGCACAUUCGUUCAGCGGAGCAGAAAGAAGAGCGUCUUGCUCCGGCCUUUCUCUGGACUUGGCUCACUGACCGACUCCUCGCCAGAGUUUAGCAAGCAGCCAAAAGGCAGCCCCACAAAAUCCCAGCCUCAGAGUCAAGAUGGAGCCGCGCUGGACUUGGAGGAGGAACAGAUUUAUUACAAAGGUACUGAAGGGAAAGAGGAGGAGGAGGACGUAGCGGCCGGCCAGGAAAUAUACACCUGCGUGGAAUGUAGCAUUUAUUUCAAUAAGCAGAUCCACCUGCAGGAGCACAUGGCGGAGCAUUGCUCGGAGCGAGCCGCCGACGCGGAAAAGGACAAAGACUUCCGAUGUUUGGAGUGUGGCUGGAGCCUGCCGGAUCAGCUGUCUUUAGCGGCCCACCAUAAAAGGCACCAGGAGUCUCGUGUCAAGAUCCUGGAGGAGAUAGAGAAGCUCAACGAGAAGGGGAAGGUGAAAGACAAGGGGGAGGGGGAGGCGGCCUCAAGCGUGAGUCCAGUCCUGCUUCAAAGCAAAGAGCCGGAGCCAGUCGCCUUCAUAGCACCCGACAGAGAACAAGCACCAGUGGAGUUGGACGCAGCAGAGUCUGAGCCGGCGCCGGCUCCCACCCGAGCGCAGCCUGCCUAUCGCCGCCGCUUCAUCUGCCCCGUAUGCAACUUCAGCGUAAGGACCCCACAGGCCUUGUCCAAUCACGCCAAAACCCACAACCGGAAGAAGGUUCCGAAUUCCCGAUCGAGUUUGGCGUCGCUGGCGUGUGCUCACUGUGCCUUCAUGACCUACAGUCGGAUGGUGCUGAGGGAGCACCAGAAGCGAGUUCACCCGGAGCUGGGCCGGCCGUCCGCCGCCCGGGAUCCGGAGUCCGACCGGAUCUCUGAGUCGCCUCGAGACCGCAGCGAGGACCCGGUCUCUGAGGGGGGCUCAGCGACUGACCUGGCUGGUGGGAGGUUCAGUCGGAGGGGGAAGGGCUGGACACCGAUGACCAGGGAGGUGGACGGAGAGCUGCGGGACGAAGAGGUCGACCUGUCACAGCAAGGCGAUAAAUCCCCCGGCAGAGCAGCUCGGCUCACCAGAGCCCGAUCCAACUCAGGUGGCUGUUCUGGAGUCAGCGACAACAAGCAGGGCAAAGUGGAGAAGGUUUUCUUCCUGAGGAGUCGAAACCGAGUCAUCACCGCGCCCAUCGAGGUGGACAGCGAUGAAGAUGACGAGGACGAUGACGACGAAGCCACUCAGCAGCGCGUCAGGCAGUUCCUGUCCGAGCAGGGCAUCUCCGACGACGAGGACUUGGAGGCGCUGAAGAGCGUGGAGAGGAAGUGCCCUUACUGCCCCGAGAGGUUUCACAACGGCAUCGGGCUGGCCAAUCACGUGAGAGGACACCUGAACCGGGUCGGUGUGAGUUACAACGUUCGCCACUUCAUCUCGCCCGAGGAGGUCAAGGCCAUCGAGAGGAAGUUCUCCUAUCAGAAGAAGAAGAAGAAAGGUAAAGUGGCGAACUUCGACCCAGACACGUUCAGCGUGAUGCACUGCGAGUUCUGCAGUGCCGGGUUCGACACCCGCGCCGGACUGUCCAGCCACGCCCGGGCCCACCUUCGGGACUUCGGCAUCACCAACUGGGACGUUUCCAUCUCGCCCAUCCACAUCCUGAGAGAGCUGUUCUCCAGGAGACCCGACCUCGUGCUCCCCACCGCCCCCCCGCGCAGCUCCGCCUCGGUCCAGGAGGUGAGCGAUGAGGAGAACGGGCUGGAGGAAGAGGAGGAGGAGGACGAGGAGGAGGAGGAAGAUGAUGGAGUUACCGAGAUCAAGCUGGAGAUGAACGAGAGGACGCUCAGCGAGGACGGCGAAGACGAGGACGCUGAGCUGCCUUGGACUGAUGAUGUCACCAGUUUCGAAGGUGAGGACCAAGAUGCAGCUGAGGAAGAGGAUGGGAUCAAAGUCUGUGGCUACAGCGGGGAUGAAGCAGACAUCAAGGUGAACGGCUGGAAGUGUGAGGUUUGCGGCUCGCGUUUUUCCAGCAGACGGGGGAUGUCCAUCCACGCCCGCUCUCACCUCCGCCAGCUGGGCGUCUCGGACGGGAGGGGGGCCCCAAUCGAGCUGCUCUACCAGAUCGCAAAGGAGCAUAACCUGAGCAGCAAGCUGAGCUCGUCGCUCCUGGAUCCCGCCGGCAAAUCCCCUGGGAAGGACGAGGACUUGGACGACAUGGACGAGGAUGUGAAACCAAUUUCCCUCCCAAUCCUAGCCAAAGCAGUGCCCGCCUCCUCCUCCUCGCCAUCCCCCGGUGCCUCUCCAGCGCCGACUCACUCCAGCUCGCCGUCAUCGAUAGUGAGGAAAGCCCCCAUUUCCUCCUUACUGCCUGUGUCUUCCCCUCUGCGCACCGCAGAGCACAAGGUCGGUGGGAUGAAGAGCUUGACCUCCAACAUGACCGCCACCAAACCCCUCUGGGCCCCCCAGGAGAACGAUGCCCCACUCAAUCUGGUGAGAAAACGUUCUUUCUCUGCAGCUCUUGAAGACGACUCCAACGGUGACAUCGUCUGUCAGCUGUGUGGCGCCUGGUUCGAGACUCGGAAAGGCCUCUCCAGCCACGCGCGAGCUCACCUGCGGCAUUUCGGCGUGGAGUACUCCGAGUCCAAGGGUUCUCCUAUCACCCUCCUCAGCCAGCUCAUGGACUCUGAGGACUUUAAGCACAAAGCCAGUGCGCUGCAGUUGGACUCGGAGCAGGCCGCCACCACGAUCUCCUCGCCAAAGCAGCCGCUGCUCAGCCUCUCCUCCGCCUCCUCUUCGUCCUCCUCCCUCCUCUACAAGGUGACGACAGCCGGUAGCGGGUCCUCGUCCAGGUCUACCUCUUCCUCAUCCUACGUUCCACCUGCCAAGCGGCUCAAAACCUCUUCCAUGCAGGUCUUCCGCUUGAGUAGUGGAGAGCUCAUGGCUGUUCCUCACAGUGACCCGCCCAAGGAAAUAGCUUGUGAGUUCUGCGGCGAGUACUUUGAGAACCGAAAGGGCCUGUCCAGCCACGCGCGCUCCCACCUGCGGCAGAUGGGCAUCACCGAGUGGUCCGUCAACGGCUCGCCCAUCGACACCCUGAGAGAGACCAUCACGAGGCGCGGCCUGCCCUGCGUCCUCCCUCUCAAAACCCACAAAACGCCGCCGCCAUCCUCCCCCGGGCCCCCGCGCUCCCCUCUGUCCACCUCCUCGUCUCCUUCAGGGACGCUGCUCAGCCGCCUCCCCUUCGCCUUCGCCCGUCCCUCCAGUCCUGCCAAGUCUGCCGCUUCCAAGUCCAGCUCAGCAACGCCAACCUCCUCCGCCGGGCUGAUCCUGAAGGUGAAGCCAGAGCCGGAGCAGGUGGAGGUCACCUCGCCCGGGGCCGUGGGCAGGGCUGCAAACUUCUCGGCCGAGCCCCUCAACUGUAGCUGGAACAGCACCAACAGCGCUUUCCCUCUCAACCUUGCCAAGACUCAUGAGAUAGAGCCCACGCGGGACAUCCGCUGCGACUUCUGUGGGGAGUAUUUCGAGAACCGCAAAGGCCUUUCCAGCCACGCUCGCUCGCACUUACGCCAAAUGGGCAUCACCGAGUGGUCUGUCAACGGCUCGCCCAUCGACACCCUGAGGGAGGUCAUGCACAAGAGAGGCCUCUCCCCUCAGACUGACAAGGGAGUGAAGACGGAGCUGGCCAAAAGCCCACGCUGGGAGAACAGCGGCAGCGUGGAGGGCUUAUCUUUCUCAGCGUAUCCGGCCUCCAAGUUCCGUAAAUCUCCUCUCAGUUUGGUGCCACUGGGCUCCAGGCUGCACAAACAGGGGGUGUUGUCUGGUGCUUCACCUUCGGGGAAGUUUUUCCGGACGUCCCCACUGGGCAAACGGCCUCAGUCCGAGGAAGCGGAGAGCACCCAGUCCCCACCGCAUCAGCUCAAGACCUUCUCACCUCUGCCCCAGGAUUUCUCGGUGAAGAAGAAGCCCUCUCCUGACAAGCACACCCGCCAAGAUCCCAGCUGCGAGCUGUGUGGGUUCUACUUUGAGAAUCGGAAAGCUCUGGCCAGCCACGCGCGAGCGCACCUGCGGCAGUUUGGCGUGACAGAGUGGUGUGUGAAUGGAUCCCCCAUCGAGACGCUCAGCGCCUGGAUACGCAGCAGGCCGCAGAAGGUGCUGGAGAUGCACCGCAGCUACAUGCAGGGAAACAGGACCCCUGUCAAGAAGAAGUCCUCGGCCUCCCACUGGGCGUCCUCCCUGCCGGUCAGCCUGGUGCGGCCGCUGAGCCGCGAAGUCACCCGCAGCACCUCGAGCGCGGCUGAAGAUGGCGCCGACGCCAGCCCUGCUGCCCAGUUGGCGGCUGGCAGCAGGAGCCCCUCCCGGCUUGCCGACGGACUCCCUCCUCAAGCACAGGUGGCCCGCAGCGAGCUGAACGUCCGUCUGCCCAGAGGUUUUGAGCGGCGACCCCUGAAGCACCCGUCCUGCGCUGAUGGAGCAGAAAGGGACUGUGGCCCGCCGAAGCCCCCGCGCUCCAGCACGGUCCCGGCCCUGGUGCCCAAGCCUCCCUCCUAUCCGCUGGUCAAACUGGUGGGCAAGUUCUACACCCUCAAGUGCCGCUUCUGCGAGGUGGAGUUUCACGGUCCGCUGUCGGUGCAGGAGGACUGGAUCCGACACCUGCAGCAGCACAUCCUCAAGAUGAACUCCAACAAGCCCGCGGAGCCUAAAGAGACGGCGACGGACGGCGAGGACGCGGUGCAGCCCGAGGCCCCGCCCUCCACCUCCACCCAGACCCGCUCCACGGCUCCCGACAGCCCCUCCCCCACACCCCCCAUCGAGAUCGUCAAAGUGUCUGGGGGGCAGCCCGCCCUCAAACCUCUCCCUCCUCAGACGGCGUGAGCUCAGCCUCGUCCACCACUCCCCCCCCGUUUUUUCCACCACUUUUCUUCUGCCUUUUCCAAUUUCCAUCCAUGUCUUUAUUUGGCCUUUGCAAAGUGUUUUCGAGGAGGAGCGCGUCCCCUCCAAAAAGCCCUUGCAGCCCCCAAGCACCUUUGAAGCAGCUUUCGAGACUGUUACUAGGUCCCGUUGCUAUGGGAACCCAACUCUCCUGGCUUAUCUGAGACGGGCGAUGGUGGGAGCUGUCCAAGGUCACGAGCAGAGAUGGACUGUUUGCCUUCUUUUAUAUUGAAUGUCCUGGAGUUGACGUGGACCAUCGCUGCACUUCCCGUUUUUUAUUUAUGUUGCAUCAGUCCAACUCUUUCUAGCCAAACAUUUAGCCGGAUUAUCAUGGGCCUGACAGGCCGGGGCUCGUAGCUCUAGGGUCCUUUAAGAGAUUAAUGUGUCUGAAAAGUCGGCUGUUGAGACUUUAAACACUUGAAACGGCACUUUAGAGGCGAGCGCUCCACCACAUCCACACGAGUCAGGCGCGGCGUGCGUCCACACGACCAAGCCAGUUUCCAGGUCAAACAGCGGCGUGGUGAAGAGGGCGAGGCUCCUCACUGUUCCCAGGGUUUGGAUGUGGGCACCUGAGAAAGAUCCGGUCGCCUACCUCACUGCUGAGGAGGCGUGUCAUGGAUGGAUGGUGAUGCUGCAGCGGUGUUGGCUGCGCACACACAGGGCCUUUUUAACCAAAGAGCUUCCUCUGAACCGACUCCCUCCGGCUCACGCUCGGCUCCCCACCUCAUGGGUCGCCACCCCUGGGCCUAGCCUGCCUCCCUGCCAUUCAAACCAACCCCUAGUGUAUCGGAGGUUUUGUCUUGUGGACGCACGUCUUCCUCAAACGCUCGCCUGGUCGUGUGCGUGUAGCUUGGGCUUCGCCUAGUUUUGCUUACUCCAAAUUGUUGUAGGAGAAAUGUAGAAAAGCACACUCGACAACUUUAAAAAGUGAUGUCAUCCCCUCAAUAGAGAUGAAUGUAGCCGCGGGCUGGGAAAAUACUUGCUGACAGAUUGGUGGUGCACGUGGCUGGAAAGUAGCGCGUCCCCGAGCUAAAUGUGGUGAAAUGGUCGACCCCCUUCAGGGGAGGGAAUCCUCUCCCCGUAUCGUCAUUGUGGUUUUAAUUUCACUUGAGGUUCAACCUAUUCUGUGCUUCAUUCACUUUAAGAAAUGUAAACUCCACUAGUUGUAAAGUAGCUUGUAGCAUCACCGUUCUUUGCACGUUGGAGCCCCCUGGUGGACGCCAACAUGCCCCGCAGACUCAAACCUACAUUUUGAGGAGUCCAGGGGGUGAAUGGGAGUCUCACUCAUCUCACGGUGGAAUCCCAUCAUGUCCCUCCUAUUCCCCCUCAUGGAACUCCUUUGUAGCAGCCUUUCAAGUUGCCAUCUUUUGGGCAAAACGCCGCACUACUUCUGACACCAGUUGUAGCAGAAAACUAAGGUCAAUCCCGAGGUCACGUGCAAGUAUAUUCCCAGCCCUGAAACUACUCCAAACGCAUUUCAUCAACUUUGUCGUGUUUUCUUCCGACGUUCUCGGCUUCACGUUUUAAUGUUUCAUUUCUCUGUUGCCAUCUUCUUCUCGCCUUUUUAUUUUUUUUUAAUGCAAUGCAGAUAUUUAUUUAUUGUUACGCACCUGAAUGUGGUAAGUUUGUGUAAAAGUAGGUCAAGCGAGCACUUAGUGCGAGUAGUACCAGAGAAGCUGCGGACCAGGACCCCGUCGUCGUGGUGACGGGACGUGCCAAAGAGUCUGUUUACUUCCUGGUCUCCUGUUCGAGCUGUUUACACGGGGACCCGACAGCUAGCAGGGGUUUUAACCAACAACAAGCAACGCCUGGUUCCUUCAAGUCCUAAAGACUACUGGAGUAGCUUCACGCGUAGAUGAUUCCGACUAAUAACCAAACUUGAUUUUUAAGAACUGCCAGUCCAAACGCCGGAUCUUUCUACGCCGCUUCAUAAUCGACCUCUAAAGUGUCCAUGUAUGCUGAUGUUGCAGUGUUGAAACAUGACUGUUGCCCUUUUAUGGAGUAUAAACACACUACUAUAUACCUACAUGUACGAGCUGAAGACACUUGGUAGAGAGCGCUCAGCGCUUCUAUUAGCAAACGUAGAUAAAAGAAAAUAAGUGAUCUUAAUUUCUCUAUCGUGAUUUGAUUUCCAUGCUUUGUAUUUUUUAUUGCUCUGUGCAUUUCUGUAACUGCAGUUCGGCAAAGUGAAUCCUAGGAUAUUUUUUUUAGACUUUUAAAGCUGAAACUUCUGGUGCUGGUGAGAGCGGGAGUGACUGGCGUGUGGUGUGUGAGAGAGAGAGAGGGGAACCGACGCGUUCACAGGGGACGGGCCUGAACCUCCAGAGUAAGAUCCAGAAUGGCUGACCAUUACCCCGACUCCCGACUUCACCUGGGAGUCACGGUCGACCAAUGAUUGUUGGAUCCAGGAGUCAUUUCAGCCCUGAGUUCAGGCCCUCACUGGCUCCUGGCUGUUUCACCUGUGGCUCCGGUUUCCCUCCAGUGGAAGCCUGAGCCGGUUCGUGUGCGUGCGUGAGUGUGUCGAGAGACGAGGACAGACUGAGAAAAAAAUACUGUACUGUACACAAAAAGGGUUAAGUGAAUCAAUCCAGAACAAACAAUAAAUGUGAUUUGAGUUUCAGACAUUCACCUGUCUUGAUUUUGAAAACUGUGGGGCUGUUUCCCCCCCUGACCGCUAGAGGGAGCCAGAGCGACGUUUUGUGACGAGACUGGGCUGUAUUUUUUUUAAGUUACUUAUGAUGGGAAUCACUUUUUAGAUAUUCAAAAGCUAAAUUCGAUAUACUGUCUACAGGUGUAGACCGUGGGAGGAAGCCCGAGUGACCAUAAUCAGAUAUGAUAAAUAUUACAAAGUCCUGGUUUUCACGGCUCCACGUUGUCGUCUCUCUCCUCUUUGAUGACUCCGCAGAAUCGAUUCUUAUUGCCCGGAAUUGGAUCCUUCAGGAUCGAUGGCGGGGAUGAUGAGUCAUGUUUUGGGCCGCUCUGAUGC